CCACCAGUGGCAAGUUCGGAAGCUAUGGCGUUCUGAUGAGACAGCGAUGGACGUCGGUUCUCGGAAUGUUUACUAGAUGUGUGUUCUCUUCGUGGAUAUACGCUGCUGAAAGUGCACUUAUGUCAUCUACCAAUGUCUUAGAAACUACCGCGAUCCAAGGGUCGUAACAAUACCGAUAGCAUGGCUGCUGCCGAGGACGAGAAACUAACAAGGCGAGCGGCCCUUCGAGUUGGAAUAGUGUAUUUCUGCUUGGCACUAGUUGUCGAAGCCACCACAGUGCCUCACUUCAGUCAGUUUUUCUUCACUGUGGAGCCGCGCGAUGUGGUCGUCAAGAAGGGAGCGAAGACGUUACUCAACUGCUCAGCCUAUCAUGGCGACAUGUCUCCAGCCAUCAGGUGGAUCAAAGACGGGCAAAACCUAAAUCUAGCAAAUACUAAUAGAAGAACAUUACUAGAAAAUGGAUCGUUAUUUUUUGAAGAGGUGCUGCACUCAAAGUCUAACACGGACCGGGGUUUGUACCAGUGCGAGGCGUCCGUCAGUGGCCUGGGAACAAUCAUAAGUAGGAAGGCUCGUAUCGACAUAGCACAUAUAGCAAAGCAUUUCGAUGCCGAGCCUAUAGCACAGAUUGUAUAUUUGCACGACACUGCUGUAUUUUCCUGUAGAAUUAACGGGAUAUCUAGACCGCGUGUCCGCUGGUUUAAAGACAGAAAGGAGGUGAAGAAAUCGAACAAUAUUUUUAUUUAUGACGACGGAUACCUCGAAAUACAUCCUGUUCAGUUCACAGACUUUGGGACGUAUAUGUGUGAAGCAUCUAAUGCUGAUCGAUCUCGUACAAGUAGAGUUGUUUCCCUUAGACAGAAUCCAAAAACAGAUGAAAUUACUAAAGGGGUCGCUCCAUAUUUCAUUGAGCGACCUAAAAACACGAAGGCAGUGGUUGGAUCCACCGUGGUGCUACACUGCGGGGCUAAUGGACAUGACAGCCAGGGCAAGAGGCCCGGAAUCCAGUGGCUGAAGGACGGAAGCAGGAUACAAUUCAAGAGCUCUAAGAACGCGCGGAUUCAGACGGUGGGGAGUCUUAGUCUGAGGAUUAUGAUGCUGACGAAGGCCGACGCGGGAGUGUAUACCUGCCGGGCUGUCAACUUGGAGGAUUCAGUCGACUCGGAUGCGAGCUUGACUGUUCUUGUUCCACCAAAGUUUGAAAAACGUCCCGCCAAUGUUUUUGCUCACACAAACUCGGACGUGAUGUUUGAAUGUGAUGUUUCCGGACACCCCCCACCCAUCAUAUCUUGGUUUAAAAACGGUGACGUAGUCAUCCCUAGCGACUAUUUUCAAAUCACUGACGGUAAAAACCUGAAAAUCCUUGGUCUUGUCAACUCCGAUGAGGGAAUCUAUCAGUGUUUCGGAUCUAAUGAGCUUGGGAAUGUCCAAGCAAGUGCACAGUUAGUGAUUUUACAACCAGACAUCCCUCUCCCGACGACCCCCUCUCUGUACCCCCUCGUCCACCCAGGUGCCAUGUUCACGGACUCGAAGAAUCUGCCGUCAAUGCCGAACAACCUGCGAGCUGUCCUCGUCUCCACGAGAUUUGUGACGCUCUCCUGGCAGACCCCGGACCACACUGGGCCGUCCGGGAUCAUAGCGUAUUCCGUCUUCUGGAGAGAGCGCGACUCGGAAAGGGAGCGUGUGACGAACACGACGACGACAGAGGCCAACAUUCAGCACCUGAAGUCUGACACAGAGUACGUAUUCCACGUGCGUGCUUACAACCGCUUCGGUCCUAGCACCAAGGACGCCACACUCACCGUGACCACCGACCAGGAAGUUCACGUCCCCAGUCCUCCCGUCAACCUGCGUGCUGUCCCGGUGUCGCCGACGGCGAUCAAGGUCACGUGGGACGCGCCACAGCACAAGAAAGGCUACAUCACGCACUACGUUCUGAUCUACUAUGAGGUGGGCUCCACUAACGAGGAUGAAAUCACCGUGCAAGGAACGGGCUUCACGCUGCAGAAUCUGAAGAUAUUCCGCGAAUACAGCUUCCGGGUUGUGGCCCACAAUCAGAAUGGACCCGGGAUGAGCACGGAGGAGUUCGUGGCUCAGACGUUUUCAUCGACGCCGAGCGCGACUCCGCAGAACUUUACGCUGGAGGUUUCCAGUGCAACAAGAAUCAUUGUGCGAUGGGAGCCGCCGCCUCUUGACAAGCAGAACGGAAUAAUCACCGGAUACAAGAUCCGCUAUAAGAAGAGUGGAACGAAGCAGGGCAAAACCGUCACCACCGACGGCAACCGCAACAACUACGCUCUCACAGAUUUGCGUAAGGGUACGGAGUAUCAAGUGAGAAUUUCAGCCCUAACUGUGAAUGGUUCGGGAAUUACGACACCGUGGCAGUCGGCAUCCACGUACAGAGAUAACCUGUAUGAGCACAACGUACCUCCUGCACCAGCUCGUCUGCAGGUGAAACCGAAAGCCAAUUCCAUCGUGGUCAACUGGGCCCCGCCUCCAACAGACGCCAAGAUACUGGUGCGUGGCUACGUGCUGGGGUAUGGCAGAGGAAUACCAGACGUGUAUCAGACCACCCUGGACGCCAAUACACACGACUACACAAUACAGAACCUACAACCUGCCUCUGAAUAUGUCAUCUCAAUACGAGCCUUCAACAAUGCAGGUCAAGGUCGGGUCAAACUUGAGACAGUGACGACCAGCGAAGAAACAACAGAAGAGCCCGCCACUCCGAUGAUGCCCCCUAUUGGCCUGAAAGCCAUAGUUCUCUCUCCUUCGACCAUAGUGCUCACAUGGGCAGAUAACUCUCUAGGCAAAAGCCAGAAGAUAAACGACAAUCGAUACUACACUGUGCGCUACACGCCACUGCCGACCAACCGAGGUCGUGCACGAUUCGUCAACAGCACCGACCUCAAUGCCCACGUCGACGGUCUGAAACCCAACACACAGUACGAAUUUGUUGUUAUGGUUAUCAAGGGCAGACGAGAGAGUACGUGGAGUAUGAGCGUGAUUAACACGACACAAGAGUCAGCUCCAGGUUCAGAACCACGUGACCUGACUCCGGUUCCCAUGGAAAAAAAUCCACUGGCUGUUACACUGAACUGGCAACCUCCCCAGAGACCAAACGGACUUAUUACAGAUAUUAAAGGCUAUCUGAUUUUCUACACGACUGACUCUAAGCAGGAGGACCGUGACUGGGUGGUGGAGGGGGUGGUGGGCGACCACCUGUCCACAGUGAUCAGUGAUCUGACGCCAGACACUACGUACUUCUUCAAAGUCCAGGCUCGCAACAGGAAGGGAUAUGGGCCCAUGUCGAAGACUGUUAUCUAUAAGACACCUAAAGUAACGAAAUCAGCAUCCACAGAGUCGAGUGCACCGGGUGGUCUGUCUAUGAACGUCAUUAUCAUCAUUGCUGCGGUGGGCGUAGGCGUCACAUUCCUCAUAGUCAUUGUGGCAGUCAUCGCCAUCAUCCUCGUGUGUAGACGGAGAGACGCACAAAGACAGGCAGCUUUGAGCUACAAGUCUCCAAACAAGCCCGUGAAAGGCAUCCAGAAAGAUGUCAAACCGCCCGACCUCUGGAUUCACCAGCCAAAUAACCUUGAACUUGACAAGAUGAGUAAGUCUCACCGCAGCGAGUCGAACAUGUCCGUGGCAACCAGCACGAUGAGACGGUCAUCACAAGGGUCAUCUGACCGACUGGACGACCUCCCACCAGGAAUGGACGCACUGGACAAGAGACGGAACUCUUUUGUGGGAGAGAGCGGGUACCCAUCGAGUGGGGAGGAGCGAUACCAGGCUCCACAACACAGAAGUAUCAUCCGUCCAAAACCAAUCACCAUCCCCGUCGAUGCGCAGCCCGUGCAUCGGGAACCCGUUGCGACAGUUACAGCUUUACCAAAUGGUCACAUUAUGCAAAUGAUAGAUCCGAGGGACGGCCUCCCCAUGAGGCCGGUGUACCCCCGAACCCAGUACAACACGCAGUAUACCUCCACACCGAGGGUCAACGCUGGAGAUAUACCUCAGUCUAGCUCAACUAAACGCCUCCACAGCUCCGACGACGACGAAGGCAACUGCAGCUACGGCCACGACGUGAUGGAGGACUCAUACACCAGUAGAAUAGGCUAUGUUAAACCCCAGCAGAACCUCAGCCCUUACAAGAAGCCGACGCCCCCUGUGUCGAGUGGGCCAAUCAAACCACGGACAGCAGUGCCAGUCGUUACGUCAAAAGCUCCAGAUGUCACUUUGAAGUCCGGGAAGGAGGACCCAGGAUUGGAGGUAAAAAAUAAGUCGUUGAGCACGGAGGAGCUGACGGCCGAGAUGGCCAACCUGGAGGGCCUCAUGAAAGACCUGAACGCAAUAACCCAGCAGGAGUUCGAGUGCUAGCCCGUCCGCCCGCCCCGCUCCGCUAUUUAUACUGUACAUUGUGUAUUUAUGGACUUUUGUAUUGCCGUGGAAACUGUAUCCAUAGCAGCCCAGGACUUCCAUAUAUGGUGCAAACAAACGAAGAUUUUUGUUGAAGAAAAAAAAACAUUGUUUGAUUCAUCUCCAUUUUUAUGUUCAUCUUAAUGUGACAUGAAUGUAUACAUCUUCUUCCUUUUCUUGUCUUUUUUGUUUUAAAUAUGUUUUUUUGUUUUACUUUUUCUCAUGUUUUUUUUUUAAGCAUCUUGGUUAGGUAACAAAUUCUAUGUGUAUUUUUUAAGACUGGAGAUUGCAAUAUUAUGCACUCGCUUUUGAGUACGUAUUUUCAUUUUAAGAUUUGAACUUGUUGAAUAUAGCACACGUUUUACUCAGUUCAAAUGUACAGCAAGGAGGCAUGUACAUAAACCAACAAAACCACAAUGGUGACACCACUACCAACAGGAAAUGAACUCUGGAGAAUAUUCAACAACCAAUUUAUCUACCAGUUCAGGAAAUUAUAUACAUGGAACAGUAAUGGAAAAUAAACCACUUUUAAAAGUGACUGAAAACUAAUUAGUAUUAUCUGUGUUACAAAAUGUUGACAUCAUUCUCAAACCAAUUGGACCUGUUGAUGACUGAUGUGUGGUGUUGAUAUACAACGGCAUUGUGUCUUUGUUUCCUGAAUUAAUGAAAGUAAGACUUUGCUUCUUGGAAACUAAAUCAUUGGUUUAUUGACAGAUGUGUGCAAAAGAUUUUGGAACAAAGAAAGAAAAAUAAUCGAGGAAAACAUCUGGAUUACAAUUUCUUCCCUGAAUAUAAAAACAAUUAACCAAGUUUUUGUAUGAUGAAAACCAUAUCAUUGGUUUUAUUCAUAGAAGUUAUGAGCAGAAAAAAACUGAAAAAAAAUAUGAACGAAAACAAACCAAGAAAAAUAUCUCAUUUGCAGCUGUUUCCUAAAUAUGCAAAAAGAAAACUUUCUUUGCAUCCUGAAAACUAAAUCAUUGGGUGUUUUUUAAUUUUUAUUAGAAGUUUAAGAAACGAAGAAUGUGAGAACAAUAUCUGGCUUCCAGUUAUCUUACUGCGCCCAUAGUUUCGAAGCUAUCUUAGGACUAAAACAUAUUGUAAAACCAUCGUAUGUUGUGACGUCACUACAGCACACACCAUAGUGAUGUCAUACCUUAGGAUGGUUUUACAAUUGGGUAGCACUAAGUUCGCUAUGAAAAUGAGGGCCCUGAAUGUUUGUUUUUUUUCAUUUUGAAAACCAGAUUCUCGGUUUUAUUUGAAUAUUUAAUGUUGGUGUUUCUGUGAGAAAUGAAAUGUGUGUCUUGUAAACUUACAAUUUACCGUUUUGUGUCUUGUCUGGAAUGAGCCGAACUGAACAAUGUCAUCACGUUUGACCUGAUCAAUGUCUAACCCAUAACAUUUUAAAAAUAAAUAUUGUAUAAAAUAUUA